UCUGCACUGAGUGGGGCUGCGAAAAGCAUCAAGAAACCCCCCUGCCGAAUGGGGGCUGGGACCUCCUUCCCUCAUCACCGCUGGGAGCCAUGACUGCCCCGGGCUCCUGGGUCCCCUUCCGGCUGCCCCUCCAGCUCAGCCUCUAUCUGCUGGCCAUCAUGACCUUCUCCUUCCUCAUCCACCUACACAGCUGGUUCCCCACUGCAAGGGAGAGGCUCCCCUCCCCAAAUGCCACGGACAAGUUCCCAACCACGCCCCCCACAACCCCCACCACGGAGCAGGGCAUGUGGACCAUGAACUCCGCCGGGCGCCUGGGGAACCAGAUGGGGGAAUACGCCACCCUCUACGCCCUGGCCAAGAUGAACAGGCGCCAGGCCUACAUCCUCCCAGAGAUGCACCAGCAGCUGGCGCCGCUCUUCCGCAUCACCCUGCCCGUGCUCUCCAGCGACAUGGUCCAGAACAUCCCCUGGAAGGACUACGGGCUUCACGACUGGAUGUCAGAGGAGUACAGACACAUCGAGGGGAAAUACGUCCGGCUGACAGGCUACCCCUGCUCCUGGACCUUCUACCACCACCUCCGGCAGGAGAUCCUCCAGGAAUUCUCCUUCCACGACCACAUCAAGGAGGAGGCCAACCGGUACCUGGCUGGGCUGCGUGGCCAGCGCCGGAACGUGACCUACGUGGGCGUCCACGUCCGGAGGGGGGACUACGUCCAGGAGAUGCCCAUGUUCUGGAAGGGGGUGGUGGCGGACAAGGCCUACCUGGAGAAGGCCAUAGGCUACUUCCGGGCCAAGUACCAGGAGCCGGUCUUCGUGGUGACCAGCAAUGGGAUGGAGUGGUGCCGGGAGAACAUCGACGCCUCGCGGGGGGACGUGUAUUUCUCGGGGGACGGGAAGGAGUCGUCGCCGGGGAGGGACUUUGCUCUCUUGGCCCAUUGCAACCACACAAUCAUGACCAUCGGGACCUUCGGCAUUUGGGUCGGCUACCUGGUCGGUGGGGAGACCAUCUACUUGGCCAACUAUAUGCUCCCCGAUUCCCCCUUCCUCAAGAUCUUCAAGCCUGAGGCCGCCUUCCUGCCCGAGUGGAUCGGGAUCAAUGCCGAUCUCUCCCCCCUGUGGAGAGGGAGAUUUGGCUAAAGGAGCUCAGCCGGUGGCCACAGGCUGCCAAUGGGAUCCACCCACCAGGACUCGGCCGGUCAGCC